CCCACUACGGCACUACCCCCCCUCUCUCUCUCAGCGCCAGCAGCCCCUCUUCUCUCUCAGCCAGCAGCCACUGCCUCCACCGUCACCAAACUCUUCUUGUCAUCCAGAGGGUGCCUCGCCGCCGGCAGUGACAAACAGAGGAUUAGCUCAAAGUUCUUGGCCGUCCAUUCUCUUCUCCUCCACGUCGUCGCCUUACACGUGCAGAUCGAAGCUCGUGGCCGUCUUCACUACAUCAUCUUCGUCUUCUUCGUCGUGGACUUGCAGAUCGAAGUGCGGUCGGUUGGAUUCCUCCAUCGCUGGUCAGUUUGCUCGAUCAUCGUCUCUGUCUCGUCGUUCUUCCUUGCCGGUAGUUGAGUUUCGUUCUUUCCUCGCCGCCUGUUUCGCUCUUCCUUCAAUGACAGAUUGAUUCCUCUGUCGUCUGUUGCGAGAACAAUGAACCAGUAGAAUGACUAGCCAAAAAUUGAAGUUGGAAUUGGAGCAAGAACGCAAUAAAUUGGCAAACAUUCAACUAAAAUACCAGGAGGAACAGAAAUUGAACAAGUUUGUAAAGAGAAAAAGAAAAAAAGGAUGGGCAAAGCAAGACCUUCUUCGUGAGCAAAACAAAGAGCUAGCAACUUUCAGAAGGGAGCGUGAUCAUUCAGAAGUUGAAAGAGCUCAGCAUAUGAAACAAAUACAUGAUCUUCAAGAACAUAUUCAAGAAAAAGACAGGCAGCUUAUUGAGUUGCAGGAACAGCACAAAGUAGCUCAAGAGACCCUAAUGUAUAAAGAUGAACAAUUGAGAGAAGCCCAAGCUUGGAUAAACCGUGGUCGUGAGAUGGAUGUUUUACAAUCAAGAACAAACCAGUCAUUGCAGGCUGAAUUGCGGGAACGUACAGAGCAGUAUAACCAGCUCUGGAUGGGUUUCCAGAGACAGACAACACAGAUGAACAAAUUGCGUGAUGAAUUGAAUGAGAGAGUAUCUGAAGUAAAACGUCUGCAACUGGAGCUAACUAGACGCCAAGAUGAAGAACCAGUUGAAGCUGUGGAUGACAAUUGCCGUUUUUCAUCUGACACACCGAGUUAUUCAGUAUCCCCAGCCUCUGCACAGGACACGACAAGCGGUACAAGUGCUGCAAUGCGCGCCCAAGAUCGAUCUGCGUAGGUCCACCUGAUUUUCAACGUGACAACCAAAGAUAUCGUGAUUUUGUGAUCCAAUGUCUCUCUAGUAUGGACCGAUAAAUUUACAUUGAAAGAAGACAAUAAUCAAUAAGCCAAAUGACUAAGGCAAAGAAAACCUGAAAGUUGCUAGCUCUUUGUUUUA